CGUGGACUCCCAAUUCCUCAAAGCUAAAAACUCAUUCACCAGAACUUGUUACAAGUAUCCACUUCCAAAUUGAGCAUCCAUUGCCCCAAAAUCCACCAACCCUCACUUGUUAAUUCAACGAAUUUAGAGAAGUUAGCCUUUUCGAUUCACAUCUACCACAAAUAGCAGUUAUCCUGCGGUACCAAGCUUGUGAAAAAAAUGUAUCCCGGCCAAAGAAACAAACGGCCAUAUGCAGAACAUACAAACUCUGACAAAAAUGUCAGAAGACGUGAUAUGUAUAAGCAAAUAUCGCCUGAUAAAAAAGAGGCAAUGUUACUACAACGCCGCACCAAAAAACUUGAGCGGCAAAAAUGGAAUAAUUCCAUAAAAUCAACAGUUGAUCCAGAUGAAAGAGUAAUGUAUCAAUAUCACCCUAUGAUUCGAAAACAUAGUGCUCUUAUCAUAAGAGAGGCUUCUUCUGCCGAAGUUGGAAGCAACUAUGAUGUUAAUACUUCCUCAAGUUCUUUUGAUAAAAGAAAAAAUGUCACUCAUGCGUUUUCUGUAUUUGAAAGAGAAUCAACAUCGCGUACAUCUAAGGGACAACAUAAUGUCUUCGCUACUGCCACAAGCAAGGUUGUACCUUGACCAAGUAAUCUAUAAGAAAAAUAAUGACAAAGAUGCAGAUUAUGCACGAUUAAAACCUCUUCCAAACUAUAAAUUUUGCAAUGCAAAAAGGUUUCAAUAUGAACCUCCUGAAUUUUGUUGUGGCAGCGGGUCAGUUAAGUUAGUUUCAUAUGAGUUGCCUAAUGAAUUAUCAGAUUUGUAUAAAGGCAACACUAAAGAAGCUAAGCAUUUUCGAACCUACAUUAGAACAUACAACAAUAUGUUUGCCUUUACGUCACUUGGUGUAACCAACGAUAAAGAUUUGGCGAGGAGAUAUCAUAGUAUAUAUACGUUUCAAGUUCAGGGAUAAAUGCAUCAUUUUAUACCUGAUUUACUUCUUUCAGAUAAAAAGGAACAGUUCAGGGACAAAUGUAUCAUUUUAUACCUGAUUUACUUCUUUCUGAUAAAAAAGGAAAGAAUAUGCAGUUAUACUUUUACGAUAACGAAAAUGAACUGGCUAAUAGAAUGGCUUGUUCAAGAAAUAUCAACGAAUCAAUUGUAAAGAAACUUAUUCAUGUGCUCUCAAUUAAUCCAUAUUCCAUUUUUUAAAAUCCUUGACAAACGUUCCGAAACUAUCUGAUUGUUAUAUCGCGCUUAAAUGUGAACCAAAGUCAGACCAACAUGUAUAUAAUCUACCAACUACAACAGAGGUGGAUGGAAUAUGGGUACAUGAUAAUGUUGUCGAUACUGUUUCUAUGCCUCAUAUUCGUAUAUACACACAUAGUGACAAGAUUCAGUCAGUAAAGUAUUAUUAUGGAUGUUAUGGCCCAUUACAAUACCUGUUGUUAUUUUCAUACGGUCAAAACGGAUGGCAUUGUAGUAUUAAAAAAUCGCACGAAGAGAUCAACGUUAUUGUAAACAUGAAGAAUUACCGAGUGUAAAGAAUAUGUGUUCCAUUGAUGAAUUUCUUGAUAUGGAAGCUCAAACUAUGGAAAAAGAAAAACGGAAAAGAGAGACAGUUUCUUGUUGUGAGUAUUAUUGUUACAAAUUUCAGAUAAGAGAGGAUGAAAAAAAUGAAGUCCUACAUUGUGCAA